CUCUAGGAGGCGAAUCUGUUCCUGAUGAAGUAGUAUUGGGCAUGACUGAUGGUUGGUGCGAAGGAGACAUUGUCGGUGAUGAAGUGGGAGCAAUACUUGGAGAGACUGUAGGCUCAUUUGAUGGUCCUUUGGUUGGGUUCUCAGUGGCAGGAGUUCCAGUAGGUUCAGAUGAGGGUGGCUGCGAAGGUGCAUCAGAUGGCAGAGACGAUGGCAGAGACGAUGGCAGAGACGAUGGUAGAGACGAUGGCAGAUGCGAUGGCAGAUUCGAUGGGGGAGAACUGGUUGUUGAAGUUUCAUUGUUCCCUUUGGGUAGCUUGAUUGGGACAGACGAGGUUGGACUUAAUGUUGGUAAAUUGGCAUGAAAGCUGGUAAAAGGCGAAGAAACAUCCUUUUCGGCACUGACGAUAGUCUCUUGUAUGGCAGGACUUGGGGACGAGGACAUGUCGGUUGGUGAUGCACUCGGUCUUCCUGUUUCAACAUCUUCUACGGUUGGACUAGAGCUUGGAGGUUCCCCUGUUUUCGUUGCAUCUUUUGGUAUUUCGCUUGAUGCAACAGGCAACUCAGCAAGAGCGCCUGCUACGGAUUGUAUGGUGGUUUGUACCUCUGAUACCCCAGCAGCACUACUCUGAGCAUAAGCCACGUUACCAACAUUGACGGUCCCCAGUGCUACUACCAAGCCAAAUAUCUGCCGAAGAGGUCUCGACAUGGUCUGGCUUUUGCUGUAUAUUUGGAAGGUAGCACCUUUGUUGCUACGUGAUCUUGUCCGAUGAUGAAGAUGAUGAUGAACAAAGCCAAAGCCGAAGCCAAAGAGCAAAAAUCGCCAUUUUGUGAGCGAGGGAAACAACAAUGUGAACGGUUGCAGAGGCUCCGUCGACUAGGAAACGGGCUUGGGACUACAUCGUAGCUUGGCAUCCGCACACAGGCACAUCGGCAGGCACAUUGACACUUGCUCGGCAUUGGCUCAUCAGGAACAUCCGCACAUCCGCACAUCGGCACAUCGGCACCUGCAAGGCACAGUAUCGGACUUCCAAAUGAAUCAAGCACAGGCUUCGUCAUGUUACAUGUGUAGGGACGACAACACCGUUAGCUAGCGAAUGUAGCCACCAGAUACCGUACAGCAGAACUCACAUCACUUUGUCUUCCAAAAGUACCAAAAGCUAGCUAGAUCUAUUCUUGCUGUCAAAGCUGCUUCGUUCUCUCAAAUUACACACCGGGAUGGGACUGCCUGUGUUGGCACUUCGGACAGGAGCCAUCUUAGGGGAAUGUGAAGCAUCAUACAGUAGUGUGUGUCUGUCUUUAAGUUUCGGGUGGUUAUGCUUAGCUGCUGUGGACGUGCCGCAACGUGGAUCGAAGUUGCUUGGUGUGGGGAAGUGAGGAUCACCAGUUCCGGCGGGGGUUCUGGGUUCUGGGGGGCAUGGUGGGAGGAUCACAGGCCAGUUAGUUAACUGAGUGCUCCAGUGCGUUGAGAGAAAGUGGAAAGGCUCACAACUGACGGUAUUUUGUUUUCGCGCCCUUAUUUUUCAUUUGGUUCACUAGGCGCGAAAGCUGGUUCACUACGCGCACCAAAACGCGCUCCUGUAAACAUUAGAACGCAAGGCCGUUCGACCAUUCACAGCGUCACACUCCCUAGCAUUCCAUAAAAAGAUGUUUCGUCUACAAAUGAGCGCGUCACCAGAAGAGCUGGCACCAAAGAUCUUCCUUGAACUUAAUAACAUUGAUUACACGUUGUCAUCUACAAAUUCCUCCAUUGAGGUCAAGAUGGAGAUACAGGACACCCCGAUUAGUAAAAAACGAAAACGCGAUGAUUCUUUCUUCGACACCAUGAAUUCUACAUGCAUCCUAAAGGAAGCUGCAAAACGUUUGCUUCAAGAUAAUGUCAAACCCGGUGACGGAGACGUCGUGUCUUAUGCAGUUGCAUUUUGGAACAACUUCUUCCGCCCCAGAUUGGUGUCACCUUUGCGCCGCGCGCUGCCAGCAGUCAAAGAAGAGUAAUCCUACAUAAUAAGAGGAACACAUAUAAAUUUAAAAACACAUAGUUUAAAAAUGUCAGACUCCGUGUCCACUUCCAACACUCUAGUGUUGUCUGAUUCUGAAUCUGAAUCAUCAACGAUGGCAACAUCGCCAAACGCCCCAAUUCUCCGCCAUAUAUCGGAAUAUAGCAUUGGAACGUUAAUCGC